AUGGCGGCGCUUGCCUGGCCGCUCCGCGCGCACCCGGGGGGGAACCCGCCCACCGAGAAGGGCGCGCGCCGUCGGCCGGAGCGGCCCCGCGUGCGGGCAGGCCCUCUAGAGGCACACUCGGCUGCUUGCGGUGGAGCGCCCCGGGCGGAGGGCGGCCCCUGCCGGCAGGGCCUCCGGCUCGCACGGGGCGGGAAGAGCCCUUGCUUCCCGAGGAGCCGCUUCCCACGGAGCCGGCCGGGCCACGUAAAGGGUACCAAAAUAAUUUUCUCUAAAAUUCACAAAGAAAAGCUCUGUGAUGUCAGAACUGUCUGUGAUACCAUCCUCCAGCCUCUACCACUUAUACUGAGAAAGUCUGAAGCAAGGAAGAGGUCCCUAUGGCCAAGGAGAAUCAGGUUAAAGGAAUUGUUCACGUGGAAAACCACUGGACCUGAUGGGAUGUUCCUGUGCUGUGUUGCUAAGCAGAGGAGUUACGAAGUCAGCAACUUGUGCAGCUCAGGGAGAGACAGGAUCUCCUCAGACCCUACAUUUUCAAGAGCCCUGGACCCCCAUCAUGAUGCAGACUGGGACAGUCUGUCACUAGCAGAACCACAAGUGGAAAGCAACAGUGGGAAACUGGUGGCUUCCAGCACCACAUCUAAGGCUCCUGCUUAUAGUGCUCUGGUAACAUUUGGUGUAGCAGAGCCCCAGUUUCAAGGUACUCUCAUAGAUGCUGCAAUAAAAUCUUCUGCACACAUUACAAAACUGAAUUUAAUCUGAGGCAACAGAAAUACACUUUCUUUCUCUUUGAAAAAGUGCCUUCAGUCAUAAAAGCACAAGUUGGAUCCAGCAUUCUUAGGUGCUUGAUGAAAAAGUAAAACGUUGAGUUAUGAAAUAAUGUCCAAGUAGGGAGUAGAUAUAGAAAACCUAAAUAAGGCAGGGCCUAAUACUCCAGGGUCAUCAGGGCUGUAACCUGUUAUAGUUAAAAUCAGUUUUCUGCAUAGAGAAGUAGGAAGUAAAGUAUGGUAGUAGUAUGCCAGAUCCACAUAUACACAGAAAAAAGACUAAACAGUUUGCAUUUCUACAUUGUUGUGUGGUUUCCAAGAAAACUAAAUGUAAAGCUGAAUUUAGCUCUCGUGUGAAAUUGUGCCUUCAAUUUCUUUACCAUGUAACACUUGUACACCUUUUCAGGACACUCCUAAUUUUAACCCUACUCACUGACUUAGACAGCCCUCUCUGCUGUCAAAACUACUUAGUUUGCAACUAAAGUCCUCGCUCUGUGACAGAAGCCACUCGCUGCCCUAUCUGAUUUCAUUGUAAGACUGGGGUGUAUUAGCUCUGGCUGAGCUGGAGUUUAUUUCCCCACAGCAGGCCUCACAGUGCUGUGCUUUACAUUGGUAGCUAGAAAGGUGUUGAUAACAUACCAGUGUUUUGGCUACUGCUGAGCAGUGCUGGCACAGCAUCAGCACUGUCUCUCCAACAUUCCCCCAUCAGUAGACUGGGGGUAGGCAAGGUCCUGGGAGGGAACACAACGAGGGCAGCUGACCCAAACUGACCUUAGGAGUA